GCGACUUCGUAAGGCGGUCGAGUGCGCCAGCGAGCUUGAAUCUCCAACACACGCUCAACAUGUCUACAAUCACCAAGGAGGCUUCCCAAAGCUCUUACCCCCCGAUCCUCCCCAAAGACUUUAAUGGGAACCAGCCGAAGACUAUCCGCCUGUACCCCCUCAGCAAUUAUACCUUUGGCACCAAGGAUGCCCAGCCGGAGGAGGACCCAUCAGUGCUUGCGCGUUUGAAGCGCUUGGAGGAAUACUACCAGGCGAAUGGCAUGCGGAGGACGUGCGAAGGCGUGCUGGUCUGCCACGAGCACAACCACCCGCACAUCCUCAUGCUGCAGAUCGCGAACGCUUUCUUCAAGCUGCCCGGUGACUACCUAACGCACGACGUUGAAGAGAUCGAAGGCUUCAAGGCUAGGCUGAACGAGCGCCUUGCGCCCGUCGGCACGCAGUUCACAGGCGAGGGCGUCAACGACGAGUGGCAGAUCGGCGACACGCUCGCGCAGUGGUGGCGUCCCAAUUUCGAGACCUUCAUGUACCCCUUCAUCCCGGCGCAUGUUACGCGGCCAAAGGAGUGCAAGAAGUUGUACUUCAUCCAGCUGCCGCGGAGUAAGGUCCUCAGCGUCCCGAAGAACAUGAAGCUUCUCGCGGUCCCCCUUUUUGAGCUAUACGACAACACGGCGCGCUACGGCCCCCAGCUCUCGGCGAUUCCUCACUUGCUAUCACGCUACAACUUCGAAUUCGUGGAUGAGAAUGGCCAGGUUGUGGCGUGCACGCCUGGAACAGGGGCCCCGGACGGAAGUAGGCCGCAUGUGAAGGUACUCGCGGGUGGCGAUGAGGACGUCAAGAUGGAGCCGAAUGGGGACGCGGCAAGCGAUCACACGCUGUCAUAGCAUUCAGCUGGAGGCUUCUCCGGUCGGAUUUGAGGUGGCAUUAGUGGCGUUAUGGGAUAUGUGUUCGAUGCCAUAAGGGUUUCUAUUGGUCUAGGGCAUGAUUGUGGUUGAGCAUGUUGGACGAGGCGUUUUGGCGCUGCUCGUAGGCUUCAUGCUGAACAGUCCUACAGCUUCCAGGAGCAUUGGGCUGCGAUUCAGGUAUAUAUACGAAUACUCGGACACUGCUCUGAUUCACGG